CACGGUCUGACAUCUGCUGCCCCUCCAACAAGAGUCACCAUCAAAACGUGGCGACAAUCCGCACCGCAGAAUUAAUGCAUCGAAUGACGCGCCGCCCGCUGUAUCGGUUGGACGAAACGCGGAACGUUGUGCGGGGAUCACCAUCAAGAGAUUUGGAGUUGAUACAUUUUUCAUGCCCAACUUCUUCGGAGUCAGUCAAACCGUAUCGGGCGGGUGUUUACCAUUUCAAAUGAUCGGUCGUCGGACUGUCGGCGCUGCCGGCUGUGCCAAUUGCAGUGCGCGGGUACGGCGGCACCACCCGGUGCUCUCGAUAUGAUGCGGCUGUGGCUUUAUUAAAUAUUUAUUUGUUUACUUUUGUUCUUUUUUUUUCGCAGCGAACACUGACUGUUGCGUGCCCGCUGACGAUCCCGCUGACGACACAGUCGUGUCGGACGCGCUCGAACGAUAGGAAUCGAGCCACUAAAAGGUGCGCGUCCGCCAGACCAAAUCUCUGUGCAGUGUCUCUGCGAGCUGUGCUGUGCCUGUGUUCCUGAAGUAAAGCUCGCUCGCACUCACCGCAGAGGACGUAGCAACGCCGACAGCUCGACUCCCCCCGGUCAUUGGCAAACGGCAGCAGCAGUAGCAGCAGAUCACACCACCCGGGAUUACGCCGGUUCCGCGAGCGUGUGAAGGCAACGGGGGUUUGCUUUUGGAGCGCGGUUCUCUACCACGCCUACACACGCGGGUUUUGGAAAGGGUCUAGCCGUUUUUCUUCCGUUGUUCUCCUCCUAGCGCCGAUCGAUGAUGCUCACGCGUUACGCGGCUUUUUUCGGGUAGAGGCACCCGGGGUAAUGGCGAAACAAAGCACCAUUAGUUGGCGCUCGGAUACAAAAACUAUCGGGCGUGUACGUUGCAACGCUGCUGCCCGAAAGAGGGGUACCAGAGUCCCUGUUGCCUGCGCUGUUUGUCCGGAGCUCCGGCAGAGAUCCUCGCCAAGCGAUCCUGUCCAUGGCUGCCAUCGUCCAUCAACCGUGUCCACGUCCAUCAAAGUAUGCGCACCGUGUCUAGGAUAGGCGUCCCGGCCGUUGUUGGUGGCGCUUUUUGAAGACUCAUGCUGCUAAAUAAGCGGACCCCUGCGAACCGCCGGUACCCAUGCACCCUGCUGACGUCUGCCAGCCACCCUAGUGUCAGUACAACGGAGCGUUGCUUAAUAGUGGGCAGUGCAACAUUGCACCGUGAAUAGUGGCCGCGGUCCGGGUGAAGGAGCAGCAGUCAGUGAUGUUUGUGUGAGCUCGCUUACAAACACUAGAUACACAAUGAAGUCCUGGCGGUUAUCCUUUGCCACAUUAUACGGCUGUCAUCGAUUAGGCUGUCUGUGAGUAGGUCGCACAAGUUUGAAACUAUUGUCCGGGAGUAUUGAAGUAUCGCAGAACGUGGUGUGCGUGAAGUGUGUGAAGUGCUUGGUGACGCUUGGUGUUCAAGGUGUGUUCCAAGUCGUGAUUAGCUGGUGCUUGACGGGGCGGGGGAAAAAAAAUGGAGCGACACGAUCCACGCCAUUUCUACUACAACGAAGAUAUGUUCACGGAACAUCCGGGAUUGCGAGGUACACCGCUGGCAAUGUUGGCGGCCCAGUGCAACAAACUGUCCAGCAAGUCACCGCCACCGUUGGCGGACGCAGCCGUUGGCAAAGGGUUCCACCCGUGGAAGAAGAGCCCCAUCUCGUCCGGACCCCACUCACCCUCGAACACACAGUCGGUCGGGCUGGGCGGUGGGAACGGCGGUAACGGUUCCGGUUCAGGUGUUGGUAGUGGUGGUGGAGGUGGAGGUGGAGGAGGUGGUGGAGGAUUGGGAGGAAAUUCGGUGUUGCAGUCAUCGCUCGGGCGACUUUCGUCGUCCGGUAGCUCGUCCACCAUUAGCCCGAUGGCAAAUCUCACGUCCAGCGAUCUUUACUUUUCCGGUGCGUCCGGUUCGCCCGGUGGGUGUGGAGCGGACAAUGCGCACCACACCCUCCAGCACGCACUGGGGGCGGCAGCGGCAGGCAAGGUCGGUGGCGACGGGGGCGGACCGGGGCAGGCAAGCUCGACGGCGGCUGCGGCCGCUGCGGCCGCCGCCCAGCUCGGGUCCGUUUACGGCCGCCACCCGUACGACUGGCACCCGUUCAACGCGGUCGGCAAACCGGACGCGAACGGGCUGGGCGGCAACGGGGGCCACGGGACGCCGACCGGCUGGUGGGACAUGCACGGGGCGGCCGGCAGCUGGCUCGAUAUCGGUACGAGCGCCGCCGCCGGUAUGCACGCGGCGACGAUGGCCAACUAUGCCGCGUCGGCGGCGGCCGCCUCGGUGAGCGGUUCCGAGCAUUACGCCUCGACACUGACGCACGCGUCGCUCACCAACACCGCACACCUGCUCGGCUCCGGCCAGCAUCUGCUGCAGGAUAGUUGCUACAAGAGCAUGCUCCAGCCGGGCGGCGUUAGCGUCGGCCAGUCGGCCGCCGGCGUCGGCGUGGGCGGGUUCGGGCUAGGUCCGCACGGGGGAGGUUCGCCGGCACCGCCACCGAGCGCCCCGCAGGCACCGUCGCCGCGCAGCCAGCGGCGCUACUCCGGCCGGGCGACCUGCGACUGCCCCAACUGUCAGGAGGCGGAGCGGCUCGGUCCCGCCGGCGUGCAUCUGCGCAAGAAGAACAUCCACAGCUGCCACAUACCGGGCUGUGGCAAGGUGUACGGGAAGACGAGCCACCUGAAGGCGCACCUCCGGUGGCAUACCGGCGAGCGGCCGUUCGUCUGCAACUGGCUGUUCUGCGGCAAGCGCUUUACGCGCUCCGACGAGCUGCAGCGGCAUCUGCGCACGCACACAGCCAAACACGUCAAAACCCACAACGGCGGUGGUGCCAGCGGUGGCGGCGGUAGCGGCGGCGGCGGCGGCGGCGGAGGUGCUGGUGGCGGCAGCAGUGGUGGUGGUGGCAGUGGUGGUAGUGGUGGAGGUGGAAGUGCAGGAACAGGAUCCGGUGCGGGAAGUGGUGGCAGCGGUGGAGGCACCGGUGGCAACAGCUCAUCCGGCCCAAACACCGCCAGCGGCAAUGGCGGCGGCAAUGGUGGAAGUGGUACCGCCAGCAGCCGAGGUGACAGUGCAUCCGGGACGAACGGUGGCAGUGGUGGAGGUGGUAACGAAGGCACCAAGAAGGGCAGUAACGCGCAGGCACCGCAACCGAUGGACGCACACUGCAGCGAUUCGGAGGAGGGCGCUGUGACCGGUGCGUCGGUGACAGAUCACUUGCACGGUGGACCGCUGGGGUCGCUAUCGGCACCGCACGGUGUGAUGGGCGGAGGGCCGCCCGGCAUGCUCGGUGGCGGGUCCUGCCAUUCGAUGGGCUCUCCCGGACUGUCCCACUCGCAACAGCAGCAACACCAUCAGCAACAACCAGGUUCCGGCCCACAUCACCAUCACCCGCAUUCGCAUCAUCCCCAUCACGCACAUCAUCAACAUCAUCAGCAGCAGCAGCAGCAGCAACAACAUCAUCACCAUCAUCAUCAACAGCAGCAGCACCACGCGCACACGCCCAGUCCGGGCCUGGAGCACGUCAGCCAGCAGCAGAUGGAUGUGAAGCCGGGCAUUGUCUGAGGCCCGGUGCAGUCCGACCUGUUCGCACUGUUCGGACAGCGCACCGACAUCGUCAGGGCAGCGGCAGAUUGGAUCUGAACCGUGCUCACAUCCAACAAACACACACAAAAUUGCAAGUAUAGCUCUGUUCGGGGGAUGCUACCGAAUCUCCCCCACCAGCGCAAGUCUCGAUCCGUUUAACGUGAGCCGUUAAAAAAAAAACCCCCAGACCCGUACACUAAUCAAGAAGAAUGUUCAAGGUUACACCCAACGAUCGUGAUCCUUUCGAACUAGCUUAAUGUCUCUAGGAAAUAGUGCUGUUUGUUUUUUUUUCGUUUCCUGCUUCUUCUUAGAACACAUCUGACAUCCGUCAGGAUGUAGGGCUUUGAUGUGAGUAUGUCAAAACAGUAAUAAGAGGAUUAGAACGAGAAGUCUACAAAAUAAGGGAUAUUACAAAAAAUAUGAACCAUAAAUAUGGUUACUUAACUUAAAAACAGAACACACUCACUCACACCCACACACACACUUUGUUAUUUUAUCCUCGUAAUUGUAAUUCGCUUUUUCUUAUCUCGUUUUGUCUCAUCGAACGAUGGCGUCGAUGAAUUGUGAAUCAAAAUAGUAACAGCAACGCGCAGCAAGAGUAACUAAAUGAAUCUAAAGUAAAUGUCAUUCAUCUGUCUGGUGGAUGAAUUAGUUGGAUGAACACGCGCGAACGCGCGCGUGUGUAUUGUAAUAUUGGGGAUGAUAAACACUGACACAGGGUAGCGUUAGUAUCUGUACAGCCUAAUGGGAUCGUUGCGUGGUGUGUAUGUGCCACCAGACGGCUACCAACAUCCUGGAUGUUAGUGCAGGGUUUUUCUCUCUUGCGAUAAAUCGUUACGUUUCUAGACAUCACGCGGACCAUGGAUAGACGCUGAACAAUGUAUCGAAUACACUGUUGACGCGCGGGUAUGCGCGCCGUAAUACUUAAGCCUGGCGAAGGGAUAUUACUAUAUUGUAUUGCAGAAAAAAAAACAUCACAUUAACUAUAACAGAAAAAAUGAAGAACGAAAACAACAAUCUUGUCCGACGAACCGCGAUCACAUUUGUACUUGGGGAGGGUUAACGUGAAUUAAACAAACAAAAAAAUGGGGGAAAGUUAUCGGUUACUAAUUUAACUUUAAUCUCACUGAUAAGUGUAAGUCUCUUGUUAGAAACGGGGAUGGUAAGCGGGGUGUAUUGUACACCGGUCCCAGCAGCCGCGUCAAGAAAGCGAUCAGUGCCGAAAGCAAAGCUGAACGAACGCUUCAAAUACGAGCCGGGCUAAAAGAUUUGGGAAGCAAGUUUGGAAACUGCGAAAAGGAACGGUGGUCCUUCGUUUCGACGGCGGCUAGCAUGUUAAGUGCAUGUAUGUAAUAAUUGAAAUGUAAACAGUAAACAUUCAAAAUUUAGACACCCAAAAAGAAAAAAAAACCACUCACACACGCUAACAUAUUUUCACAAGUAAAAAUUUAAAGCACUAUUAAUUAAACGUUCAAUCCCCUGUUUAGGCGCAAAAGUUUUAACACAGAAUCUCGCUAUUGAUGCAUGAACUCGAUAAUGAAUCGAUCGAUGUGUUCAUGGGGAAAAUGAUUUAUACGAAAAGAACAACACACAGAGAAAAAAACACGUGGAAUGAACUAUUUCUAUCUACCGUCGCUAAUUUGUUGUGACGGUUGGUGCGAUUGGUAUAAGUUUUUAUCAUUAGUAGGUAACUAUUUUAUUACCAUUAUUAUUAUUAUUAUUACCACUACUUCCCCUCGUUCCCCCAUUCCCUUACUCCUUUCCGUAAUUAAUUAGGAUGAACUCAAAAUUGUCUUACGGAAUGAAUGAUUACAUGCAAGCAAAGCAAAACUAUUGAUGGAUCGUAAAUAUACACCUUAUGACACCCA